AUGAUCGUUCUUCUCUUAUUUCUUUCCGUUUCGGUGUUAGCGGAUAUCGCCAGCUAUGGGCAUUCACCGAAAGGCGCAAAUCCGACCCUCUAUUCACCUGAAGAUAACGUGCUGCAACUCGAUGAGACGACAUUCAAUGAUACAAUUUUUGGAAGUUCAACUGGUGACGCCGGAUAUCUUGUCGAGUUCUACUCCGAUUGGUGCGGACAUUGUCGUCAUUUUGCGCCGACUUACAAAGGUCUUGCAGAUGAUGUGAAGGGUUGGAAGAAUAUCGUGAAGGUCGCCGCUAUAAAUUGCGCUGAUUCGGUCAAUGAACACAUUUGUAGAUCGAAUGGUGUCCGAUUCUUUCCGCUCAUCAAAUAUUUCCCGCGCGAUGCCACUAAUAUCACCGAAAGUUCGCAAAUCAAACCAUAUCCAACAGUAUCAGAAAUGAGGGGAAUUUUGACAAAAGCGGUGAUGGAUGACUAUGCUAUUCAUAAAUAUCGAGAUUGGCCAACUUUCGAGUUUCUCAAGGAUGUUGUAACAUAUGGCGAACUUUGGAACGACACUGCAGCGACGGCAAAUCAUAUCGCAAUUAUUUUCGAGACCAAUCAAGCUAGUCUUACUGGAGCUCAACUGAUCCUUGAUUUAACUGAGAACCGUGAACGACUUGUGGCCAGAAGAUGCUUGAAAAGCCAUCCAUUGGCAGAAGCGUUAAAAAUUACUGAUUUUCCAUCGCUUGCUAUUUUCAAGAGAGGAGAACGAAAACCAGUUCUUGUUGCUGAGCUCCGUCGACUUUUGCUCCGUGAGAUCAAUGGAUUCCUCGGAAAACCAUCGGACCAUAAUUUGCAAUCAAUUCACUUCAGCAGCAGGAAAAAUUAUUCACUGAAUUGCAAUAAGAAUCCCGAGCUAUGCAAACCUAACUACUACGUCUCAGAAGUUGAUUUGCUAAAAGCCAUGAGAUACGCUUUAUUUAGAGAGUCUGUGAGAACUGGUGGCUCUUUGAAAGCUGCCAACCUCUCAGCCCUUUAUUCCUUCACGAGUCUUCUUGCUGACAAUUUCCCAACAACAACCCUUGAGGGAGCUCAUGACAAUAUUACCGCACACCUUGAUCGCUCCAGCCGUGCUGUUAAAGUCUUUUCACGUCUUCGUGAUUUUAUUGCCGACAAAGGUUUUGAUGCAACAAUUCAUAUCGAUGAAUGGCAGCACGAGUUCCUUGAAGCUGAAGAAGAAGCCGGACAUCCAUUCCCAUUGAAUGCUGACUGGGAUCACUGUGCUGGAUCUUCCACACAGUUUAGAGGAUACACUUGCGGAUUGUGGACAACCUUCCAUGCGUUGACCGUUUCUGCAUAUAAGCACUGGCUCGCUAAGACUUCAAAUGUUACACUCCCUCUUCCACCUCUUCAAUCAAUUCGUGACUGGGUUGGCUCAUUCUUUGGUUGUAUGCAUUGUCGCGAUCAUUUCUUGCGAAUGACCACCAACACAUUCAAACUUGAAGCUAAUGUUCGCCGACCUGAGGAUGUUUACUUGUAUUUGUGGAAAGCGCAUAACCAAGUGAACGCCAGAUUGCGCGGCCGAGAAACUGAAGACCCGAAGUUCCCCAAAUACCAAUUCCCGGCGCAAUUCCUCUGCCAAGAAUGCUACUCGAACGGAAAGCUUGACGAGAACAAUGUUCAGCCAUUCCUUCUCGAAUAUUAUUCAAAAAUCCGGCCAUUCACAAAUGCGACACGCCAUGCUUAUUGA